AAUUUAUUUUUACAUAAAAGAUAACAAUUAUUUCUUGCUAAAAAUAUAAUUAAAGGGUACAAAUGAUUUUUAAGUUAUUUGAACUUUAAUCGUUUACGUAAUUUGAGAAAAAUAUGUUUCUGUAGUGGCGGUUAGAAGAUCAUGUUUGCAUCACUUAAAAAUAAGAUUCGAGAGGAAACUGGCAGUGAUUUAAGCAAACUUACAGCAAAAAUUACUUCUAGUACUGUGCAAAAAAUUGACAAUUUAAGAGGAAGAUCUCAUCAAGGUUCUACUUCAAGUUUAAACUCAAUAGUAUCAUCAGAUGGUCUUCGUGAGGAAGGACCUAUAGACCCAGAAGAAUACAGGAAAAGAAUAGUAAAACUAGAAGCAGAGUUCGCCAGAAAACUUGAUACCCGGGAUAAUGAUUGGAAAGAAAUUGUUAAGGAAAAGGAUAAAAGGUUACAAAGUAUUGAAAAGGAAAAGGAUGAAGCUUACAGACAGAUUUCAAAUUUGAAAGAUUCUUUAAAAAAUGCAGAAGAACUAAAACAGAAAAUUCUGGAACACAGAGAAAAUUCUGAACAAAUUGAAUCUCUUCAGAACCAGGAGCUAGCCAAGAUUAAACAAUUAGUUCUGCAAAGGGAUAAAGAGCUUUUGGAAAAAUCUGCCUUACUGAAAGAGUCUAAUGCUCAGUUGGAAAAAUUAAGGAGUGAAGUUAAUAGACUACGAAGACAAGAGGAAUUAUUAAGCGAUGUACAGGACGACCUCGAAGUUCUACGCCAUUCUUCUUCUCGAGACUUAGCUCAUUUAGCUACAGAAUUAGCAAAAUGUGAGCAGGAACGAAAGCAUUUAGCCGAUUUAAAUAGCAUUUUUCGCGACAGUAUUUCAAGUGAAAAUACACUUGAUGAAACAGUGGCUUCUGAGAAGAAGUUGCUGGAACAACGGUUGGAAGAAGCACAUUUACAAUUAUCCGAUAUCAAAACUUCUUGGAGUGAUAAAAUUGCAUCUCUAGAAACUCAGGUUGGUAGGUUAAGUAGGCAAGCUGCUGAAGAGGGUGCUGAAAGACGACGUGCAGUAGAAGACAGAGAAAAACUAAUGGAGAAAAUAAAACAAUUGGAAGCAGAGUUGGAGCUUAGUAAAAUUGAGUUAUCCAACAAGGAUACCAAAAUAAAGAGACUGACACAGGACAUAAAUGAAAUUUCUGCAGAGCUGAAAUUGUUACAGCAACAAAAUGAGGAAGAAAUUCAGUUUUUAAGAACUGAACUUGAUGUUUCAAAAACCGAGAUAAAGGUAGUUAAAAUGAAUUUGGAAAAUGUAGAAGGAGAACUAGACAAAACAGAAGAGGAGAAUAGUAAAUUAAAGACAUCUGUUGAUUCCGAACAUCUAACAAAUAACUCUUUGAGGCAAAUAAUCACGAAAUUAGAAAUGGAACUGGGCGAAGAGAAAGCCAACUCGCUGAACGUGCAAAAAACUCUGUCAAGAGUUACCGCCGAAAAAAACACUGCCCUUUUGAGGAACGCUGAAAUUUCUCAACAAAUGGAAAUGAUCAAGCAGAAAAUGAGAAGACAGGAAAGUGAAAUGAACGAUUUAAUAAAUAAAAUAGGUAAUUUAGAGGACGAAAACUCUAAGCUCAAGGAAAGCCGAAUUAUAGAGCAAAAACUAAAUAGCAGUAUUACCGAUCUUGAAGAUCAAGUUGCAGAAAAAAAUAAGACCAUAAAGGUUUUACAAUUAAGACUGGCAGACUUGAAAAAGACUCUUCAACAAGAACUCAGGACCCCGGCCAAUUCAAAUUUUCAAAACGAUUUUAUCGAAUCUAAUUCGGCAGCUGUUCUUCAACCGAGUCAAAUAUCAACAAAACAUUUCCCUAGCGUCGUUAAAAGAGACGAAGACGAUGUUAAUUUUAAGUAUUUGAAGCAUGUUGUGAUUAAAUUUUUAACAAGUAGAGAAUAUGAAGCUCAACAUUUAAUUAAGGCAAUUUCAACACUUCUGAAGUUUACACCUGAAGAAGAAAAACUAAUACAGGACACGUUAGAAUGGAAAAAGUCUUGGUUUGGAAGUAAACCAAAGAUCUCCAAAGUUCAGAAAACUGUUAGUUUCGCCAGUUGAUAGCACGUAAUUUAUUUUCAAGCCUAAGUAUUAUGAAGAAAUGGUUUUAGAAGCGUUCCUGCGAAGGGCAAACGGUAAAUGAUUAUAUGGGGCGAAACAGAACAUAAAAGUGAUAUUGAGUUUCAGGCUGAACUGAUAUAAUCGGAGCUCAUUGUCACAAGUUUUAAUAUAAUAAGUAAGGUUCCAAAAAGUUUUUAUAUACAUUUGCUAAAUUGAGCUUUAACUGUUGAUUGAAAAAUUUACUAAGUGCGAAUCUGUUUAAUUUUUAUGUAUUAAAUUAUCCAGAAAAAAAAUAAGGUUAUACAUUUUGUGAUUUUAUUAAAUUAUUUUAAUUUAUUGUUGCUGCAUAUAUAUGAUGUAUCAUACUAAGUUCUUUUUAGUUUUUAAAAACAUUCACUAGGUAAAUGUUCAACAUUUUAAUAUUUUUUCAACAAAUUAAUAUUUAUGUAUAUAAAGUUAUGUUGUCCAUUAUUUUUAUUUAAUAAUAUGUAUAUAAUUGUAAAAAUAUGCUAGUUGGAUUAUACAAUUUAUGUAGAUUAAUAUGUAGCCAGCCUGACUCAUAUUAAAAAUAUUUUAAUCUAAAGGGUUUCGUUGCAGAACGUUUUUAAGGAUCAUACAGGGUGUGCUAAAAAGUUGACAACAAAUGUGAUUUGAAAAAUAUUGGUAAAUUUAAAAAACAUUUCUAAGUAUUUCAAUAGGUACUAUAAAAAACUGUUUCCCGUAUAUUUUGGACAGUAAUAACCUUAUUCUUUGUGUGUGUAUUUCUUUUCUAAAAUUGUCGUCAUGGAAGACAUUAUCACAUGACAUGUUAAAAUAUUUUUAUAUUGAGCAUCAUAUUUUUUUAAAUAAUUCUAAUUUUUUCCAUAUCUUGCGAACUUUUUGCACAUCCUGUAUAUCUUUAACGGUUUUCAUUUUUAAACAAUUUUCUUAAUACGGUUAUUUGAUUAAAGUAAAUGAAUUUAUGCAUUCCCAAUUUUAUUUUUAAAUAUUUUUUGUAUGAGUCAGAAUUGCCUAUCUACAAUCUUACUCUGAAUAAAAGUUUUAUAAAGUAAA